AUGAAGAUCAUAUUGUACGGCCAGGUCGAAUCUGUCGACACGCUGGUGCUUUCGGCUUUUGUACCUCAGAAAUCCCCACCCCAUACCCUGACUUUGUUUUCAAGUUUUGAAGAUGAGUCCACGAGUUCCAAGGGCCUGGUCGUAGCCCACGAUGUACCAGUCUUUGGCCGCUACUGA